CGAACCCCUUCCAUAAUUACCAAUUUGUCAUUUUCUUGUUUCUCUUCAGUUGCUUCUCCCGCCAAGUCCUUGGAUUCAAAUCCGUUCAUCGUCGAUUACCUGGUCAAUGCCUUCGGUCUGUCCAAAACUCAAGCACUUUCUGCUUCGAAGCCAAGGAUGGGGGCGAAAGACACUAAAAAGCCAGAAUCCGUUGUUCUCUUUCUCCGCCAGUUGGGAUUCUCGGAAGUUCAUGUUCGAGAUGCUGUGCGAGUUUCACCUCAAAUCCUAUUUGCAGAUAUCGAGAAGACCCUUAAACCAAAGCUCCAGUUAUUCCAAGAAAUAGGUCUCACCGGAUCCGAUCUGGGUCGAUUCAUUUCGAAGAACGCAAGUCUCUUAUCCGUUAGCUUGGAUCGAAGAUUGAUUCCUUGCAUGGAGAUUCUGAAGAAGAUCUUAUCUCUCAAUGGUGAUCACCGACGCUUGAUUCUGGUUCUACAGAGAUGCAAAUGGGUCCUCACCAAAGUCCCAGAAGCAAGGCUGUUGCCCAACAUUUCCUUAUUUGAGAGCCAUGGUGUUGUUGGAUCUCAGCUCUCAACGCUCUUUAGUCGGCAACCAACGUUGUUUCUCAUGAGAGAAUCUGCGAUUACGGACCAAGUUAGAAGGGUUGUGGAGAUGGGUUUCUCUGCUGAUUCAAGGAUGUUCGUCCACGCCCUCCAUACUAUUAGUUGCAUGAAACCCGAGACUUUUAGUAGGAAAUUCCAGUUAUUUCAGGAAUUUGGUUUCACAAAGGAGGAAUGUAAGACUAUGUUUAAAAAGAUGCCAGUUCUGUUCAGAUGUUCCGAGGAAAAGUUAAAGUUAGGAAUGGAAGUCUUCAUGGACGCUAUUGGGUUUGAAAAGACGGUGUUGGUUCGUCGACCGACAUGUCUGAUGUAUAGCAUAGAGAAGAGAGUCGUCCCUCGGUACAGGGUCAUUGAAAUUUUGAAGUCGAAGAGGUUGUUGAAGAAGGAACCAAAAUUUCUUGAGGUGCUGGAAAUGCCUGAGGAGAAGUUCGUGGACAAGUUCCUUUCGAGAUUCAAAGAUGAUGCUGAGGAGUUGUUAAUUGCUUACAAGGGUGAUGUUUUGGACUCAUCUGAAGAAUACGAAUCUUCAUAAUUUUGGUUGAU